CGCAGCCGAGCUGUCAGCGGGCGGACGGGCAGGGGGCGAGCGCGCGGCGAGCCGAGCGCGCCCCACCCGGGGAGGCUGCCUUCCUGCCGGCCGGCCGACCGCAGCGGGACGGAGAUGCGGCUCCUCGCCCCGGGGCCGGCGCGGGGGAGGGGCCGGGGGCGGCGGGCGGGGGCUCCCCGCUGCGGGCUCUCGCCGCCCUGGAGCCCCGCCUGGAUUUGCUGCUGGGCGCUCGCCGGCUGCCGGGCGGCCUGGGCUGGGGACCUGCCCUCCUCCUCCGGCCGCCCGCUUCCUCCUUGCCUGGAGAAAGAUUACCACUUUGAAUAUACAGAAUGUGAUAGCAGCGGCUCCCGGUGGAGAGUCGCCAUUCCGAAUUCUGCAGUGGACUGCUCUGGCCUGCCUGACCCAGUGAGAGGCAAAGAAUGCACUUUCUCCUGUGCUUCUGGAGAGUAUCUAGAAAUGAAGAACCAGGUAUGCAGCAAAUGUGGCGAAGGUACCUAUUCCUUGGGCAGUGGCAUCAAAUUUGAUGAAUGGGAUGAAUUGCCAGCUGGAUUUUCCAACGUUGCAACAUUCAUGGACACUGUGGUCGGCCCUUCUGACAGCAGGCCAGAUGGCUGUAACAACUCUUCUUGGGUCCCUCGUGGAAAUUACAUAGAGUCAAAUCGUGAUGACUGCACAGUAUCUUUGAUCUAUGCUGUGCACCUUAAGAAGUCGGGUUAUGUCUUCUUUGAGUACCAGUAUGUCGACAACAACAUCUUCUUUGAGUUCUUUAUUCAAAAUGAUCAGUGCCAGGAGAUGGACACCACCGCAGACAAGUGGGUAAAACUCACAGACAAUGGAGAAUGGGGCUCUCAUUCUGUAAUGCUGAAGUCAGGCACCAACAUACUGUACUGGAGAACUACCGGCAUCCUUAUGGGUUCUAAGGCAGUCAAGCCUGUUUUGGUAAAAAAUAUCACAAUUGAAGGGGUGGCAUACACAUCAGAAUGCUUUCCGUGCAAGCCAGGAACCUUCAGCAACAAACCAGGCUCAUUCAUCUGCCAAGUCUGUCCCAGAAACACCUACUCUGAGAAAGGAGCAAAAGAAUGCAUCAAGUGUGAAGAGGAGUCCCAGUUUUCAGAGGAAGGGUCCAGCGAAUGUAUGGAGCGACCUCCCUGUACCACAAAAGAUUAUUUCCAGAUCCAUACUCCAUGCGAUGAAGAAGGAAAGACACAAAUUAUGUACAAGUGGAUAGAGCCCAAAAUCUGCCGGGAGGAUGUCACGGAUGCUAUUAGGUUGCCCCCUUCUGGAGAGAAGAAGGAUUGUCCACCUUGCAACCCUGGCUUUUAUAACAAUGGAUCAUCUUCUUGCCAUCCCUGCCCUCCUGGAACAUUUUCGGAUGGAACAAAGGAAUGUAGGCCGUGUCCCGCUGGAAUGGAGCCUGCACUUGGGUUUGAAUACAAAUGGUGGAAUGUCCUUCCUGGCAACAUGAAAACUUCCUGCUUUAAUGUUGGGAAUUCAAAGUGUGACGGAAUGAAUGGUUGGGAGGUGGCUGGAGAUCAUAUCCAGAGUGGGGCUGGAGGUUCGGAUAAUGAUUACCUGAUCUUAAACUUGCAUAUCCCAGGAUUUAAACCACCAACAUCUAUGACUGGAGCCAUGGGUUCUGAACUUGGAAGAAUAACAUUUGUCUUUGAGACCCUCUGUUCGGCUGACUGUGUUCUGUAUUUCAUGGUGGAUAUUAAUAGAAAAAGUACCAACGUGGUGGAAUCAUGGGGUGGAACCAAAGAAAAACAAGCUUAUACCCACAUCAUCUUUAAGAAUGCAACAUUUACAUUUACAUGGGCAUUCCAGAGAACUAAUCAGGGCCAAGAUAAUAGACGCUUCAUCAAUGACAUGGUGAAGAUUUAUUCUAUCACUGCCACUAAUGCAGUUGAUGGGGUGGCGUCCUCAUGCCGUGCCUGUGCCCUCGGUUCUGAACAGUCGGGCUCAUCGUGUGUCCCCUGCCCCCCAGGCCACUACAUUGAGAAAGAAACCAACCAGUGCAAGGAGUGUCCACCUGACACCUACCUGUCCAUACAUCAAGUCUAUGGCAAGGAGGCUUGUAUUCCAUGUGGGCCUGGGAGUAGAAGCACUCAGGACCACUCAGUUUGCUAUAGUGACUGCUUUUUCCACCAUGAAAAAGAAAAUCAGAGUUUGCACUAUGACUUCAGCAACCUCAGCAGCGUGGGCUCGUUAAUGAAUGGACCCAGCUUUACUUCCAAAGGAACAAAAUACUUCCAUUUCUUCAAUAUUAGUUUAUGUGGGCAUGAGGGGAAGAAGAUGGCUCUUUGUACCAACAAUAUAACAGACUUUACAGUAAAGGAAAUGGUGGCAGGGUCAGAUGAUUACACGAAUUUGGUAGGAGCAUAUGUAUGCCAGUCAACUAUUAUUCCCUCUGAGAGUAAGGGUUUCCGAGCAGCCUUAUCAUCACAGUCCAUCAUUCUGGCAGAUACAUUUUUAGGAGUGACAGUUGAAACUACAUUGCAAAAUAUUAAUAUAAAAGAAGAUAUGUUUCCACUUCCACCUAGCCAAAUACCAGAUGUGCAUUUCUUUUAUAAGUCUUCUACAACUACAACAUCUUGUGUUAAUGGCCGAUCAACUGCUGUGAAAAUGAGGUGCAAUCCUACUAAACCAGGAGCAGGAAUGAUUUCAGUCCCCAGCAAGUGCCCAGCAGGCACCUGUGAUGGGUGUACAUUCUAUUUUCUGUGGGAGAGUGCCGAAGCUUGCCCUCUGUGCACAGAACAUGACUUCCAUGAGAUUGAGGGAGCCUGUAAGAGAGGAUUUCAGGAAACCUUGUAUGUAUGGAAUGAACCUAAAUGGUGCAUUAAAGGAAUUUCUUUGCCUGAGAAAAAGUUGUCAACCUGUGAAACCGUUGACUUUUGGCUGAAAGUGGGAGCAGGUGUGGGAGCUUUCACUGCGGUUUUGCUGGUGGCUCUAACUUGCUACUUCUGGAAAAAGAAUCGGAAACUGGAGUACAAAUAUUCCAAGUUAGUGAUGACAACUAACUCAAAGGAGUGUGAACUCCCAGCUGCAGACAGUUGUGCUAUCAUGGAAGGAGAAGAUAAUGAGGAAGAAGUUGUAUAUUCCAAUAAACAGUCACUACUGGGAAAACUCAAAUCCUUGGCAACAAAGGAAAAAGAAGACCAUUUUGAAUCUGUUCAACUGAAAUCCUCAAGAUCUCCAAAUAUAUGAAAAGACAGUGCGGUAGCCUUCAGACUAAGGAACAAAGAAAGCUGAUCUCUAGUUUCAGAGGACUGUAGUUUAGAUCCUGUCCUCAUAUCCGGCACAUUGGUGAUCUCACAGAGGAGGGCCAUGCCGCUGAAAAGGGAAGGAGGUUGAAAUGUUUGAUUGCCUUAUCACAUGGUCAAGUAUCUUGCCAAAAAUAGGAAAGCAAAUGGUUUGGGUCUCAACUGAAGAUGAAGCUCCACUCAGGAAGAGAUUUAUCUGUAAAUAGACAUAACUGGAAACCAAGGUUAAGCCCACCAGUGCACUGCUGAUGCAUGCCAUAUAAUUAAUGGGUAACUUUUAUUCUUUAUAACUUCUACAUAAAAAGUAUGCUUUGGAGGGCAGAUUUGAGCGUAUGCAUUGUGAUCCCAUUUAUGUCUUUUCUUUGGGGAAGAUUUGAAAAAAUUUUAAGGUAGAGUUUUUUUUUUCCCAUUAUUUAUUUUCCUGACAUACCUUAAAACACCUUUUCUAUUAAAAAAUCAUGAACAAAGAAAGACAGUAAGUUUUUCAUUUUUUCGUAGGGUCUUUCUUGAUUUCAGAAGCCUGAGUAAGUAACUUUUUAGGAAGAGUAAACAUGUAAACACGUGUUCGGGUUUUCUACACUUCUAUUUGCCUUUGAAAUUUCAUCCUUGUUGGAACUGGUAAGAAGGGCUUGAAUGAAGGUGUUGAAGGAAUAUUAAAAAAAAAAAAAAAAAAAAAAAAAGGCCGAGAGAAGCCAGACUUCCCAUGAAAACAAGCAAGCUGACACGAUCAUAGAAAUCAAAUGGCUUAAAACCAUUUAUGUAAUGUUUGAAGUAUAAUUUUAAAUGAGUGAGAAAGCUUGUUUAUAAAAUCACUUGCAAAGUCAUGAAGAAGAAAGGGGAAUGGCUUGUGUAUAAGUACAGAUAACUGUGAAAAGGUAUUGGGAUAAUUUCACGGUUCACAGAAAAUGGCAGUGGGAUAUUUGUUGUCUAUCAAUCAGCAAAGGUAUAUGGUUAUUUUUCUGUUAACACAUUGAGAAUUAUGACUUUCAUAGAAAUUUUUCAUUUUGAGCAAAUAAGGCAGGAAUUCCAUUUUGGACCAUUGCAUAUAAUUGUAUUCACACUAAAAAUGUGGUUUUACCAUAAGUAGUUAUGAAAUAAGUGUUGUUCUUAUUCAGAAGUGAUCCAGGUAAUCGUGAUAUUUCCUCUGAUGGAUGGGUUUCUAGUAUUAGCACGACUUGAAUGUUAUUUGUUGAGAGAAGUUUGGAAGAAAUUGGAUUUGACUAAUUUUGUGUAAACUUUAAUUGUUUCAAAACUGGGAAAGAGGGGAGUUUAUUGAUCAUUGAUGAUCUAAGGUGCUCUGGUUUGUUUUCAAUAAACAGUAAUCUUUGUAGAUCUUAAUCUAGAUUUCUAAAAAGACUGGUGAUUGCCUUAGAGGCAGGCCACAGGGGCAGUGUUUGUGUGCCCCAAGUCUUUGAAUGAGGUAUGAUUUGUAAUUUUUGAUUCAGCAGGUAAUGUCUUUAUUUUUGUGGAAAAUGGGAGAAAAAUAAAUAAUGGUGCUUAUUCGGUGGGUAAAACACUGGACCAUCCUGUUAUUGUUGAAUGAAUGUUUGUUUUGUGUACAUCUUUGCUGUGGGAUUCAUGAGUCGAGAUGAGGUUGCCAUUAUUUUAUUGUUGUGAAAUUCAGGGAGGGCGUCCCUUAGCAUAAACCUUUUCCAUGUUUAAUUUCUUAAAUCUUAUUUUUUUAAAUAAGAGAUUAUUAGAAGAAAUUAUUUUGGCCUUGCUCACAUUUCCCUGGUAAACCGUGCUGAUGAAACACGUUCCCCAACUUGAUCCAAAUUUAAACAGAAGAGUGACAAUCCAUUUGAGAUGCCCCUUUUCAGAGGAACCCCGGCAAAUGUAUACAGGCUGCACAGAGUCAGGAGGGUCCACAGAGUCACCUGUCACCUCUCUCCAUCUUAGGCUGUGCUCCACGUGUGUAUGUACCAAGCCAUAGAGAUAAUUGGGAUUUGCUCCCAGGUAGCUUCUUUCUUCUCCUGUCACUGGACUAAAAUCUCUGACAUGUCAAAAAAUGCCUUAAAUUUUAAUGAACUCUCUGAAAAUGUAGUUGGUAUUGAAGAAUUUAUUUAUUUUAUUUCUAAUUUUAGGUAUAAAAUAGAUUUUGUCAGCUCACCCCAUCUUUGGAAAGGAGCUGCCUUUUCCCUUUGGAUCCCAGUGAUUUGUCAUUUUAUUCCAAGCACUGAAGAAGUGUGACAGAAAGAGUAUCACGAGGAAAAUAUUCAGACCAAUCUUAGCUAUAAAAUUUACUGGAGUUUUAUGUCUUGCCUUUGCAGAACACAGUGGAAUGUUGAAAGGCAUAAACAAAUUAAUCAUGUUUCUGUGACUUUUAAUAGACAUUUGUUGUUUCUUUCCCCUCAUAAAUGGUAGAAGAAGAAGUUGUAGGUUAUUUUUCUAAGAGGCCCAGGUUUUGAAGCCUUAAAUACUUCGUUAAGUCUACGGUUGCCUGUAGUAUCUCUUAGCACUCUGUCAAAACAUAUUUAAAUCAGUUUCCUGCUGGAUGAGACCAUGUCUUCUAUGGAUAAAUUACAUCAUGCCAUUUAACACUGUUGAGCAAUUUGAUACAUGUCCACUUGAUUUAAAAGACUGAAUUUUAUGCUUGUUGACUUUUCUCCUUUUUGGUUGCUAGUAAUCAAGUCCUUUGCAGGAUUAAAAAUGUUUCAUAG